UUUUGCCUUCAUGCCGCAGCGCUGCGAGCUCCUCUCGGGGCCGCAGACGUACCUCGUGCAGGUCGUACUCUUCGUCAUUGCGCUCACAUCGCUCUGGUACAAGCGCCACGUGGAGCGCCCGAAGCGGUCGCUGGAGAUCUGGGCGUUGGACGUCGGGAAGCAAGGCAUUGGGGCCGUCGUGGGACACUUUACCAACAUCUUGAUCGCUAUCUCGCUGCCGCCCGUCACAGACCAAUGCGUCUGGUAUUUUCUCAACUUUGUGACCGACUGCACCCUUGGCAUGCUCAUUGCGCUCUCGCUGCUCAAGUUCCAGCAAGAGCUCGCCGUGUCCUUGAACUGGCAUGCGAUCCAAGACAGCGGCGACUACGGCAACCCGCCCUCGUACCGGAUAUGGGGCAUCCAGCUCGUUGCGUGGCUUAGCAUCAUUGUCUUUUCCAAGGGCAUCGUGACGUCGGUCUUGAUUGCAACGGCGGGGCCGCUCGGCGCCAUCGGCAAUGCGCUCUUCAGCCCACUCGCCAUGCAUCCCAUGUCAGAGCUUGUCGUCGUCAUGAUCAUCUGCCCUAGCUUUCUCAACGUCAUGCAGUUCUGGAUUCAGGACAGCUUCUUGAAGCGGGACACGCCAUUGUACGCCCGCAGUACGAGCUCGAAAAUGAAGCCGGCCGGCAUGGACCCGUCGCUGCAGAUCAGUCUGCUGCAAGCAUAAUAACGACUUAGACUACUGUGCAUAAACAAAGGCGCGUCGUCGAUCGUCACGCAGAGUAGAACGCCGAUCCUCGCUUGCGUGGUG